GCCCAGAAAUGGCAGAAGAAGAAGAAAGACGGAUCAGUUGUUUUGAGUCGGUGAUCCGGACGAGUUAGGAGUUGCCCAGAGCCCCUAAUAGUGCCCAUAACCAAGUGAGAGUUCUUUCCCUUUUUCUCAUGUUGCGUGACCAAAACGUCUGCAAAACUGAAACCUCCAGCCAAGCAAGUGUUCAUUGACCAUCCAAGGAGAAUGAGAUCCCCUCAUGGUUUCUGGGCUGUGUUAUAGUGCUCCAGCAACCUGAAUCUAGAUUGUCAGUGAGUGUUUGUGACUGACCAAUCUUGUUGAAGAGUCUUUUUCGUGUGCUUCAUUUUGUUUCGCAGGACGGACAUCCCAUCAAAACUUGUCUGGACAUCCGAGAGUCAGUCAAGAUGCCCACGGAUUGCCUCUGUGGGAAAGUGCACCUGAAAUAUCAAAGCACGCCAGAAAUCACGAUCUUGCCCAAGAUUCAUGAUCCGAUCAAGAACGAUUUUCCUCAGCCAAUGGAUUAGGAUAUCAUCAUUAAGACUCAGGAAGUGUUUGCAGCCGAGACGAAGAAGAAGAACCAGAAGAAGUGGUGCUUUAUAAGCUAAUCGAAUUCGAAGUUCGAUCAUCGCUCUUGUCGAUCGGGCGGUAAAGGCUCCUCCAAGCUCAUCAUUAACCUCGGUAACCCGGGGUCCGAAUCGUGCUUUUCCAACCUGAGAACCAUAACAACAGCGAACACGACGUCGUGUUGGUUAAACGGCGGGUUCCAGAAUGCCUUCUUUCUCACCCUAAUCCACGCAAACCAAGUUGAGUGGUGGGUACUCCCAUUGAAGACAAGAAGAGGUGCCUGAAGAAUGCGAACGAGAGUUGAAAGGGCAGUCGAGGAGAUUUCUCUUUGAUUACUACUGUCUGCACUUCUCGCCUCCCGAAACAUUGAAGGAAGCUCCUCAUCGUGUCGGGUUUGCCCGAUUUCCAACUCUCUUUGUGCAUGAGCUCCGCCUUCCUCAUUGGGUUUGAAGACUAGGUAGAGGAAAAAGAAGUAAUCAAGUGAACACUAUCUCUUGGAUCCGACGAGCCCGAUAUCUCGGUCGCCUUCGUUGUGCAAACAAACUUAUUCACUCAUUCACUCCGGGUGAGGGCCCUAGGAGAACAAACGAGAGGGAAAGGUGUCACUUUUAUCCCUCAUGAUGACUCUCUUGUGCUCUCCAUGUGGUGGACAAGUGGAUUGGUGAAGUGUUGUCAAAGAUCCGGGCGUGAAGUGUGAGCACCGAAAGGAAUUAGUUCCAAAUGUGGAUGGAUGGUGGUCGGCUGCUCAACUAGAGCAUGGUCUGAAUCUGGACGAGCGGGAAAUCAUCACAUCUAUCGUGCAUUUCGAGCAAUGAAGAAGUGAAGUUCCGAUGGAAAAGUGAACAACGACGACUCUUUGGUCGUGAUUGGCGAGCUUGUGUGGAACAAAAUCUCACACGUUUAGCAAAUAGAGAUAGCCUCCUCGGUCGGCUCUUUGGAUUGUAACCACGUCAAAUGUGAAUGACCAACAAUUACACCGAGCAAGCAACAUGUACAAAUUCUACUGGAACAAUCUGCCAAAAUCUUCCUCCAAAUCCGCGUGUCGUGCAAUGAGUCCAGCCACCGUGGUCGAGGGGGAGGACUCGCCAAAGACGAACACUCACACUGAUAUGUCGUCCACGUCCACCACCGCCAACACCACGACUCGCUUAGGAGGUGGUUGUUGUUGUCAUAGACAUGUGGUGAAACCCAGUGGUGGUGGUGGUGGUGGUGGAGGGAGUUGUUGCAGUAGUACUGCAAGUAAUGGCUCUUCUUGCACUUCCAGUUAUUCUGGAAGUUCGGACUCGACUAGUCUCUCUCUGAACAAUCAGUCAUCCAACGGUGUUCAAAGUGGACAAAUGCCGCUUCUAGUGUGUGGAAAAGGUGCGGCUCUACCUCUGUCAUCGGCAUCUAUUGUGCCGGAGGUACCUUACCGUAAUGGGGUGACCGUUCGGGUCAAAGACGAGAACAACCCCAACAAGAGUCACAACACCAACAAUAACAAUAACUCUACCAACAUCAACAGUAGUCAUGGGUCCGUCCCCGGGGCUGGGAAUCCAAGUUCGGGAAGUCAUCGAGUGCUCUUGAAGCUCCGUCGGAUGUCUGGAGGAGGUUCCUCGAGUAGCUCUCGACCCAAGUCAGUGCCAGAUUCCAGUGAACUCUUGGAUGGUGUGGUGAACGGUAGUGCUGCCACCUUUGCCAAUUUAGCGGAUCUCAAGUUGGGAUCGAAUGGCAGUGUUGAUCAGCAGAAGGGCUCAAAUUGCAAGAGCAACAAACCCUCCAAGAUGAAGAGCUCGAAAAGCCUCCACCACUUCUACAACAAGACUUGGAAUGAGAAGUCACUCAGCAAGUUCUUAAGGCAUGACUCGAGCGACAACCAGCACAACUACGAGAACAUUUACAACUCGGACAAGGAGUCGUCUACGACAUCGGGGAGCUCCAUAUUCGGUUCCAGUGCCACGAACUCCUAUCACCCCGUCUACGAGAACAUGUACCUAAGAACAACGGCGUGCUUCAGUUCCUUGAACCCCACGAUAAAUAAUAACAAUGACGCCCUCAAAAUCAAUCAGCUAACUCAAUCGCCCACUUUGCACGCUCGUGCUGCCCGCAAUCGCGAUCGGAAUCGACCCUUGGGGGGUUCCACUGACCAAGAUCGAGCCUCAAAUUCGCAGACUCAACAACAACAACAACAGCAGCAGCAGCAGCCGCAGCAGCAGCAAAAGCCUUUGUUCAGGUCGAAAAGCUGCGAGAGACCAAAGAUGAGGGAUGCCGUUCGCGAUACGCUGAAAAACUCCAGCGACAAAUUCCAUUCGAACCUCUCUCGUUUCUCCUCCAAAUUCGGUCAUUCGCCGACCAUCUCGAAUUUCUCCCAGGUUGAUGGGGAAUGUGAUAACUAUUCAAUUCUGGCCAAACAUCCUUACUCAAAUGCGAGUUCUGCCUUCGACGAGGAUCCGGAGAACCAGCAUGGCAGUUUGAGUUUGGGACCUGGAAUGUCACUACAAUCCUAUCUGGGAGAGGAUCACAAAUCCCUACAAUGUCAGAAUCAUUCGAUGGACGAGGAAAAAGCAUCGAUCUUGUCCUCGUCGUCGUCCUCCGCAGCCUCGGUGAAUCGUCCCAGCCUUUCCUUGGCGCACAAAAUGAAGGGAUUCCGACAAGACGUACAAAAGCGAAUUUCCAGACUAAGAUCCCGAUCAGCUGAGAGGAUUUCCCAGCGCUCCACAGUCAAUGGAGGUCGAAGUCCUGAUCGAAGUUUUCCGCAGCCUCCAGAGAGUCCCAGGGUCAGUGGAGGGCACAUCCUGCCCUCGCCUACCCUAACUGGACAGGAAACGAUCUACACGGGUCCAUUCUUGGGACGGGCGAGAGCUCUGGUGGAUUACACGCCAAGUCCCUAUGAUAAAGACGCCCUUCGCUUUAAGCGAGGAGACGUGAUUGACGUCAUCAGUAUGAACCCCAGUGGCCUUUGGAAGGGCAAGUGCGAGAAUCGGGUGGGUAACUUCAAGUUCAUCAAUGUCGAAAUAUUGCCUCAGCCUCGAAGUCAGUCACAGCCCAGAGCUUUUAGAGAGAGUCCUCGACCACCAUCCCAUUCUGAAAGGGCUCCUCCCGAGCGAGAAACUCAUAAAAAGGACUUUGGCAACCCGGGGUCUCAGUCAACCCCAGAGGACUGGCGAUCCCCUGAAGAAGGGGCCAAGGUGGUCAAUAGGCCCAAAACUGUGGAUGAACUUUUGAGGAAAAUUGGCUUGGAGGAACACAUAUCGGUUUUUGUUCUGAACGGGUACGAGGAGUUGGAUUCCUUUCAAGAUAUGGACGAAGCUGAAUUGGAUUACUUGGGCAUCACCAAUGAUCAACAUCGAGCCAAACUCAUGACGGCUGUCCAACUGCUUCAAGACUCAGCCACAAUACACUCAGGAGAAAAUAGUGACAUCGAUGUCGGUGGUUCUCCAACCAAGUCGCCCCAUUAUGCAUCCCGCAUCAAGAAACUCGAUCACAUCUCAAGCUUUCAACGACUCAGCUUUCCUCGAGAUUCGGGAUGUUUUGAGUCCAACGAGAACAUCUCGACCCAAACUCGAUCCAGCCCCGCCAGUGAUAGGUCCAGCCAUUCAGGGGUAUCGUCCCAUCCAGAGAGUGGUAUACAUCUGCCUGAAGGCACCAAUGGUUCUCUAUCGUUAUCCAGUAGCGACGAUGACACCAUAACGUCACCCCACCACGUGACUCCUGUCAAACGAUCGGCUGAAAAGGCCGCCAAAGCUCGAUCCUUGAGAGACCGAAGAACCGUGAAUAUGGAUGAACUGGACUUUCCGGAGUCUGGCCGUGAAUUUCGUAUCCCGUCUGGAGGUCAUCGAGGGCAAGGCAGAGCUUCAUUUGAUGCGCUAGUGGCGAAAUAUUCAGAGACUAAGAAGCCGAGCUUUGAGAUGCAAUUCCAAUCAGCCAGACGCGUAUUUGAAAGGUGUGAUGAAUGAUGUACUCGUUCAAACAGAGAGAGAAAAAUGUCAAUAAACUAUUUGCAUGAAAACUA